UCUCGCGCUGGGGGCCUGUUCUCCCGGGCGGACAUGGCGUCUCUGUAGGCAGGCUGUGUUAUUGUUGUGUGGGUAGAGGAAAAGGAGCGAACUGCGGGGCUCUGGCUCGUUUAAACGGCUGUUAAAGCGGCCGCGGCGAAUAUUUGAGCGCCCUGUGGCCGAGAGCGCGGUGGGUAUGAGAGCAUGCUGCGCUCCACUGGCUUUUUCCGCGGGGUUGAGUGUCCGCUGGCAGGCUGUAAGAGACCCUACUGCCACUUCAGACACUCCCGACCACCGGCCGGACUCAGCGCCUCUACCCGGACCAGAGAGACCUCCGCCGGCUCCAACGACCAAGGGUAUGAUCCGUUCAGUCCUGAAGUGGUCAGACCAGGAGACCAGCACAAUGCCAAGGUGUCGGAUCUGUCAGAAGGCCCAGCCCUGGACCCUGGGGUCAUGGAGCUGGAGCUGGUCAACCGGGCUAUCGAGGCUGUGCGGAGCGAAAUGGAGAAGGACAAGAAGAAACUCUCUCAGAUUGGGGACCAGGGAUACGAGCCUGCUAAGAGCUCAGUUAAAGCAAGUCAAAAGAGACAAUUGGCUUCUGCUACGUCAUCGUCCCAUAGCGCUUACGACCCUGGGAGUUAUCAGAUGGGCCAGCCCGCUGACUACAACCCCACGCCUCGCUCCAGCAAGUACACUCUGGACUCAGAGAGCAGCAGCCAUGCGAAUUCCAUGGAAUACGUACCUACGGCUGUUUCUAAGCCUGGGGUGAAAAAGGCAGUGCCGCCUCCUGCGACGACCCGUACUCCUGCUGCAGGCCUUCAGUCUUCCUCAAAGUGUAAAUACACACUGGACAAUUCCAAACCCUCCACUGAUAUGGAGUAUGAUCCACUUUCGAACUUUUCAGCUAAACUGGCGGCCAAAAAGAGUGGGAAAAAUUUGGCCGGGCUGGCAGCAGAGGUGGAUGGCAGGAAGAGGACGCACUCUACAGGCUGGGAGAAGCAAAGCACGGACGAGGAAUAUGUACCAACUGUAAAGAAGACCAGGCAGAUGCCACAAACUGUGGCAGAUAAGCCAAAGUACACAGCCAGCUUCACUGAUUCUGAUGAGGAGAGUUCCGGCACGGAGUACCGCCCCACGCCCAUGAACCGUCUGCAGCGGAGGAAGAGCAGUACGGGGUCUACAGAGGACAACAGCAGGAGAUCGGAAGCGGAGGUCAGAAGUAGUGGCCAUAAACGACUUCACGAAAGCCUGGCAGAAAGCUUUGAUUCUGACUUAGAGAUGCCGGAUGUCGAGGAGGUUAAUGACAAGCCACUCAAUAAGAAAGUGACUGGACAUAGCGAUCAGAUAAAGAGUAAGAGUAGAUCAGAAAAGUCAAAGAAAGAGGUCAAAGAGGUUCUUAAGAAAAGCACCAACAGUAGCAACAGCAGCAGCAGCCAUAAAGACACCCACAAGAAAGGAAGCUCCAAGGAAUCUACGGAGAAGACUUCCAAAAAGCCCCUUCAGGAGAGUGUGAAGAAAGAGAAGAGCCAUGGAAAGACCAUAGAAGAAAAGGUCAGACCCAAAGAGAAGAACUCAGAGGGAAGCUGCAAAGAAGGGAAAGAUGGAAAGAGCAAAAAGGUGGAAAAGGUGAAAGUGGACAAAGAGAAAGAGCGAAGAGGAAGUGGAGGAAGUAGUGAUGCUAAGAGGGCCAAAACGGACAAAGUGGACCAAAGCAAAAAGGAGUCCAGCAAAUACAAAGAACAGAAAAACGGAAAAUUGGAGAUUAGCAGUCGAGAAAAAGACAAAAAGAAAAUUAGUAGCAGCAGCAACAGCAGCAAAGACAAAAAGAUCAAAAAGAGCAGCUCAUCCUUGGAUCAGAAAGAGACUAAAGCACCCAAGACUAAGCCACGCUCCCUCAGUCAUGCCGACCUUUUUGGAGAUGAGAGUGCAGAGGAGAACGAGGACGAAGACGACGAUGAUGAUGACGAAGAUGAGCGUAUCGUCAGGAAGUCUGCCUCAGCUUUUAAACGAGUUGCUCUGCCCAGCAAUAAGAGAAAGGCUUCAGAUCCUGCAGUGUCUUCAUCAGAGGACGAUGAUGGGUCUGAAGAUGAAGGGCAGAAUAAUGUUGAUGAUCAUAAUGAUGAUGACGACAAUGUUCUUGAAGAUUAUGCAGCACUGCAGGAGGAUUUAGACUACGAUUCAGAUCCAAUGGAGGAGUGUCUGAGGAUCUUUAAUGAGUCCAAGGAUGUUAAAACAGAAGACAAAGGAAGGCAAGCUAAACAGGCUCCCAGAGAGGAUCAGGAGGAUGAGGAAGCACACAGCACUUUAACCACACUCUUCCCUGGCCAGAAGAAGAGAGUUUCACACUUUAAGGCCAAAGGAAAUGAGGAGACGUCGCUGAACACCACGCCGAAGCCGCAGAGGAGACUGACUGCGCAGCAGAUGUGUUACCAGCGCAUGCAGAUCGCUCAGCAGCAGGCAGCGCAGCUCGCCGCUGCCGUGAAAACUGCGUCCGCAUCCUCAGGCUCCGCCCACAAACCCACCCUCAGCCCCGUGUUUGCAGGGGAGAAGAGGAGAGUGAUGCACAAACCGAACCCCGCCUUAGUCUCUGCAAAACCUGGUUUGUCAGAAGCGCAGCGGGCUGGCCGCGGGGUGUUGUCACCCGCCAGGGUGGCACCAGAUCAGCCGUCAGUCAAAGCCCAGACAUCUGCUGCCAUGCUGUCUAAAACCAUAUCAACUUCUGCACAGAAGAGAGUGGCUCACACCCCAACCCUCAAGAGCUCUUCUAUGAAGCGGCCAGUCAUUCCCACAGAGUUUGGAGCCAAAGUGCCCACAAAUGUCCGUCAGCGCUACCUCAAUGUCUUCAUUGAUGAAUGUCUUAAAUUCUGCUCCUCAGAGGAGGCUGCUUUUCAGAUGGCUCUGGAGGAGGAGAAGCUUGUGUAUGACCGGAGCAACAGUAAAAACAUCUACCUGAAUGUUGCAGUAAACGCACUGAAGAAACUCCGCAGCAAGAGUGCCAACGCUGCCUCCACUACCACCAAAAAGACUGCUGGCUCAGCAGGCAGGAAGGUUCAGUCUCAUGAGGGAGUUCUGGGCGGCCGGCUGGCAGCUACGACCAGCUACACCAUCAACCGCACGGGCAAACAGCAGGACAUGGAGCUUAAAGGUGCAGUCCUCUACCGGAAGCUGAAAGAGUAUGUUUUGACUGAAGAGCAGCUGCAGGAACACUGUUACCCCAGACCUAAUCCAGACCGCCUGGGUCACGCAAUCAUCUAUAACAUCCCAGAGAAGAACAAAAACACAGAACCUUUCUCUAAGGUGUGCUGUCGAUGUGGAGCCGACUACAAAAUCAACGCCAAUGGCAACUGUGUUCGCAAAGAGGAGUGCAGCCACCACUGGGGCAGAUUACGCCGAUACAGAGUGCCGGGAGGUUGGGAGACUCAGUAUAACUGCUGCUCGGGUGCCGUGGGCUCUCCUGGCUGUCAGGUGUCUAAACAACACGUUCAGGAUGGCCGUAAGGAGUCUUUAGAAGGCUAUGUGCAAACCUUCAGUAAGUCAUUACCAGCUGAUGGCAACGGAGGAGUCUACGCACUGGACUGUGAGAUGUGUUACACGAAGCAAGGCUUGGAGUUGACCAGGGUCACUGUCAUCAAUGCGGAUCUUAAGGUGAUUUACGACACGUUUGUGAAGCCAGAGAGUAAAGUGGUGGACUACAACACACGGUUCUCAGGUGUGACUGAGGAGGAUCUGGAAAACGCUACGAUGAGGCUGCGAGACGUCCAGGCUGUGUUACUGAACAUGUUCAGCGCUGAGUCCAUCCUGAUUGGCCACAGUCUAGAGAGUGACCUCACAGCCCUCAAGCUGCUGCACAGCACGGUCGUUGACACUGCUGUGGUUUUCCCUCACCGCCUCGGGCUUCCCUACAAGCGCGCUCUCCGCAACCUCAUGGCCGACUACCUCAAACGCAUCAUCCAAGACAACGUGGAGGGACACGACUCCAGCGAAGAUGCCGCCGCCUGCAUGGAGCUCAUGAUAUGGAAGAUCAAAGAGGACGCCAAAGUGAAAAGAUGACCUCAGACCUCCCUGACCCUCUGCUCUCUCUCUCUCGUCCCCUCACACCCUGUAAUACUAGAGUGAAGGAGGGAAACUGAGGAAGCAAAAGCAGAACUAAGCCAGAGCGGCGGUCUUCUGCUGCUGCGCUGGGUCUGAAUUUGCACUGGAGUCCCGUGCGAGGUGAACAAUGUGAAAGAAAGGAAAAGACUAAGAAGAAUGAGAAGGAGAGAAAGGUGCCAUUACUGCCUGUAAAAAAGGGGGAGGGGCGGAGCUUGUACAGAUCUGGCUGUUUAAGGAGAAUUCCUGUGAUUAUUCCAAAUUUCUGUAUUUCAAAUUGAGGCGAAAUGGUUCAUUGUGGAGAAAUGUACCAAAUUUACUUACCCUAACAGCAGCACACAUAUAUCUCCUUUAUUUACCAUCCCAACCCACCCAUUUACCUAAUGUAAACCCACUUUAGUUUUCCUGUAUUUAAGUCUAGACUUGAGGAUGUCAUCUUUCAUUACUUUCCUGGCUACAUUACUAUCAUAAUAACAUCAAUUUCAUAGACCUUAACACAGAACCUUGUGGAACGCCACAAUGCUAAACCAUGCACAAAUAAAAAAAAAACUUUUUUUGCAUUAAUAGUUUUUGCAACAAUAAAAUAAUUAAUUUAGGCUUUAAGAGAGAAACUUUACAACACAAAUUUUGCAAUUUUAUACAUACAUCAAUAUACCCUGAGUGCACACCAAUAUACCCUAUGAAAAAUACUACUUUAAAACAAGGUUAUUCAUUAUUAUUCAUUAUUCAUUUGGUGUAUUAAUGUUCUAUAAGGAAGCUUUUAGACAUUAGCAUUAACCCCUCUGAACCUGUAUUGUAUCGACACGUCCAAAAGCGUAACUCUCAUAACCACACUAUUGUCAUAAUUAGCAUAUACAUUUCAAAGGCCCCAAAAUAGGACCCUGUGGGACUCCACAAAAUAUGCUAAAUCAAAUCUACACUUUUUUAUAUCUCGUAACUCUCAUAACUGUCAUGUCUUUACUGUCAUCAUUAGCAUCAAUUUCAUAGACUCAAACAUAGAGCCCUGUGGGACUCCACAAGAUAUGCUACACCAAAUGGUUAACAAAUAAUUAAAAAUGUAUAAUUUAGUGUCUGCAUUGAGAUUAUUAGCUGAAUAAUAAACUUUUGCUGUAUUUGUGAUGUAGAGUUUAACCCUAAACACGCUUUUUACCAUCUGAACCCACCAUUAAAGACCAAUUUAUACAUUUCCAGCCCUUAGGAAAAUAUACUUCGUCAUACUAUGUCUCAUACAUUACAUAAUUAGUCAUAAAAUUUAACAUCAAUUACAUACACCCCCCAUAUAGACCCCCAUAUAGAAUUGUUCUCAAAUCCUAUGAAUUAGUAAUACAAUUCUCUAUUUAAAGGUAGUAUGGGUUUAUCUUAAACCCUUCAGACAUCCUGUUCUGUCCUGUUCAAUUCACCACCACUAUGGGCAGUUCAGAAAUGGUACAUUUCUCUAGAAUGAAGCAUUUCAAGCUGAACCACUUUAGUUCACUUGAAAUAAGAAAAAAAAUAUUAGUGGAGUUUCCCUUCAUCAUGAAACAGAUGCUAAUCCUCGUCCAGUCUGAUACCAGGCCUGUUUUCUCCUAGAUAGCGCCCCCUUCAGACGGCCUGUUCAGGCUUGGUAAAAAUGUAAGAAACUGAAGGUAAAAUGAGAGAGACUGUUAUUUAUUUAACUUUGUGUUUCCCCAUACCUCCAACAAAAGACCCCCCAAACUAUACAACAGCUGUAAAACUGUAGUGCCAUCGUGUAGCCUGUAGGGGGCGAAAGGCAAGGCUGCUGCUUUAGAAAGGCUGUAUGUAAGGCUGUUGCACUGCUGGGAAGCCUGAGGUGAAAAGUCAGAUAUAUGUAACAGUAUUAAACCCACAAACACAGUCCUACCUACUAGAUCCUAUUUAGUGCUGGUAUGUUAGCACUCUGAGGAAGCACGUAUAGCAACGUAUAUACGGUCUACUGACUUUAGCUAGUUACAUAGCUGUUAAACGUUAUUCGGAAGCCCAUGCCUUUCGUAACUGUGAUAAGAGAUGCACUAGGUGGUCGUAGUCUGUAAUCUGUACAGCAGAUAAAAUGAUGCUGUUUUUGUUAUUUUUUUCACACAGAUGGUCAGAAGACCUGAUUUGCUUUGCGCCACCUUUUUCUUUUCUAUUUUUUUAAUUAUUAGUAUAUCACAGACUAUGAGAUGCAUGGAUCUGAGCUGGCUGGCUAAUACAGUCACUCAGUCACUCAGACUAGGCCUAGCCUACACACACCUUACUAUCAGUUAACCCCGUCACUAAAUACAUCACUGUAAACCCACUGUAACAGCUCACAUCACACCAUUUCUGUCCCCCAGUUUUUUUUUUCGAGGCAUUGUGUUUUGUUAUCAAAUGGUUUAACCCUUAAGCCAUGUGCUGUAAAUAUGCUGUAUCAAAACCGUUUUGUAUCUAUUUUUGUUUUCUAUUAAAUGAUUUAAAACAAA